UGUGUUUGAACAGUAGCUGAGAGGAAGAUCUAGACAUAAUGUGAUGCAGCACUUUGGAUCCCGGAGCACCUUGGGGUAUUAUUGCUUCAUUAAGGCCCCUUCCCAUACAAUCACACACCCAUGCAAACAUCCAAGAGUUACAGAGAGUGACCUAGUAGUAGUUGCAUCUAUUUUUGAUGUGCUAUGACCACCAUUUGCCUACUGCUCCUCAUCCUAGAUGAUAAAGGGACAAAACACUUGGGAUUUAGGUUCACAGAAUGAGUGCUAUCGCCACCGAGGACCAGGACAUGUUCUGCGAGAAGGCAGUGGCCCUCAUCAUUGACCUCUGCCUGGAUGACAGCCCUCUCCUGGACCCAGAAACCUGUCAGGAUUUCCUUGUGCUUCUGACCAAUGAAAACCCCAGCAUCUCCAGCGGAGACAUUUCCUUCAGUUUCCUGCUGCUUGUAUUUGUGGUGUGUGGUUUGGCCCUGCUGGGUGUCAUAAGUGUCGCCACCUGGAAACUGUGCUGGGUGCCCUGGCGCAGCAAAGUGCUUUCCUCUAGCGCCACCGCCCUAGCCCCCACUUGGCCAGAGAGGCACCAACACAGAGAAGAAGGUCACGGUGACUACUACCCAACCCUCAGAGACAAUAUGGCAACAGACAAGCUGAAGGAUCCUGGGAACUUUCUGGAGGCGGCAGUGAAGAUUAGUCAUACAUCGCCAGAUAUCCCCGCAGACGUGCAGCUGUCCAUGAAGGAUCAUCUGCUAAGACGUACGCGUAUCUCACGGCAAACAACCGAGCCGGCCUCCUCUAACAGGCAUAGUUCCUUCAAAAAACACCUUCCAAGGCAGAUGCACCAUGUGACCAGUCUGGACCGUGGAAGUGAAUUUUUAGAUGUGGAGGACCAUCCCACCUGCACCGCUGCCUCUCUUGGCCGCAUCCAACCAGAACUUUACAAACAGAGCAUGAUGGAUGCUGAGGAGUCAUCUAAGAAUAGCACUGCCAAAACAUGCGGCAAGAUCAACUUCUCCCUAAAGUAUGAUUACGAGGGAGAGCUCCUCCUCGUUACCAUCCUCAAGGCGUUCGACCUACCCGCAAAGGAUUUGUGCGGCAGCUCCGAUCCAUACGUCAAGAUCUACCUGCUCCCAGAUCGUAAGCGUAAAUUCCAAACUCGCGUGCACCGCAAGACCCUCAACCCCACGUUUGAUGAGACCUUUCAGUUUCCGGUGCCAUAUGAGGAGCUAGGGUCCAGAAAGCUCCACUUGAGCGUCUUUGACUUUGACCGCUUCUCACGGCAUGACAUGAUUGGCGAGGUGAUACUGGAAAACCUUUUUGAAGUUUCAGACCUGUCCCGGGAGACAUCUAUCUGGAAGGACAUCCAGUAUGCCACUAGCGAGAGUGUGGAUCUUGGAGAGAUAAUGUUCUCUCUCUGCUACUUGCCAACUGCAGGGAGACUCACACUUACUGUCAUCAAAUGUAGGAACCUUAAAGCCAUGGAUAUUACCGGUUAUUCAGAUCCGUACGUAAAGGUGUCACUGAUUUGUGAUGGGAGACGCUUGAAAAAGAAGAAAACUUCCAUAAAAAAGAACACGCUGAAUCCAACAUAUAAUGAGGCUAUUAUCUUUGACAUUCCACCAGAGAAUAUGGAUCAAGUCAGCCUACACAUAUCAGUUAUGGACUACGAUCUAGUGGGACACAAUGAGAUCAUUGGAGUCUGUCGUGUAGGGAGCCAUGCCGAGGGCCUUGGGAGAGACCACUGGAAUGAGAUGCUCGCUUACCCUCGAAAACCCAUCGCUCACUGGCACCCGCUCGUAGAGCCCAAGAAGUCUGAGAACGAGUGGAAGACUCGUACCGCAAGCUUUGACAGUCAGGGAUCUUGCCCAUCUCCCAGACUCCCCUCCAGUCCAUAAGGACGAGAUGGCCUCUCCUUAUGUCUUUAAGCCAAGUAUCUCCCAGGGAGUGAUGGUGAGAUCCAAGAUAUGUCCUUAGACAACGUGCGACACAACUUAUGUCUGUGUGGACAUGUAUGAUGGAGCAGGAAGAAAGAGGCUGCCGUCCAAACUUUUCCAAGUGCAACUGAGCCUAGCUGAGUUUAAUCUAUUUUGUGUUUGGAUUGAAGUGUUGCUUUCUUAUGUUGGGUAAAUCCACAAGAUACAAAAAGAGGCUGAACGAUAUACUUUAAGAUGAAUUUGAGCAAAUCAGAAGAGUAAAAGUGUGUUGAUGAAUAUUGUAUAAUUGAUAGAUAUAUAUUAUAAUUUAAUUGACAUUAUAAUAGUAUGAUUAUAUAGUUUAUUAUAUAUUUAGUCUUAAUGUCCUUCUUUUUUUUAUUUUUUUGGCUUCUUUGAAAAUAAAAUACAAGUGUUAAGAGAUUUUUAUGAUUGGAGAAAUAUCUCCUCAAUAUUUUCAACCUAUUGAGAUAUUUUAACCUAAAUGUUUUGUGUUUACAGAGCAGAGAUAUUCCAUUGAUCUUCCUUUUGUUUGUGAAGUAGUGAAACUGUUCUGCCACCAAAAGCACCAAUGCCAAGAAUAAUUUGUAUCCUGUCUACAAAUGCUUUGUCUCUAUUUAAAUGUUUAAGUUGCUGAUUGUUCUAUGAGUAUUUUGAAUAAUUUUCCAUCAUUUUCUUUGAUCAAGUUCAGCUCAGUUAAAUGCAGCCAUGCACAGCUACGUCUAUAAUGUACAGUCAUCAUAAUUUCACCAUACAGUAAUUGUAGCUUCCGAAGUAAAACUAUAAUGAAUGCCAAGGGUUGUGUGUCAGAUCUAAAGGAUGCAAAUUCCUUGGCUUUCUAACAAGACUUGAAAUAAUAUCAUUAUGUACAGUAAAUUAGGAGCACUGUUUUACAAAGACCAAUUUUGUAUUUUACAUAAAAUGUGAUAAAUGUUGUUCUGUAUUUUUCCAGUUACCUUUGAGGUGUUUUCUCUUCAAAUAACAUUAUAUAUUUUGUUGGCUGGCCUGGCUGCAACUCAUUGUAUCAAUAAUCACUGGAACUGGUGUUUCUUUAUGAAAUGCCUGAUUCAGAGCCACUUUCCAAUUUUAUAUUGAGACUUUGUAUUUAAAAUGUACAGCUACUGUUUCAGAACAUCCCCUUGUACUUGAAAGGUGUGAUUAAAGUUCCUUGCUUCUGUC